GAAACCCCUGCAGAAGCAAUCGUUCUUUUGCAUUUGACGUUGAACCUCUGCGGUGGAAGUGUAUACAGAUGAUCCGUGUGUUUAUAUGAAUACAAACAGUGCAGAGUGCUUUUCCUCAAUCAGAAGCAAUCGCUCUUUUGAAAUUCCAUACUUGAACCCUUGUUCGCCCCAUCUUCCGAAUCUCAAAUCGCAUUUCUUACGAAUCGUUACAAUUUCAUUUCAGUUUCUGAAGUUUUUUUCAGGUAAUUUUUUUUGUAUUCCCUUGAAUGGAGCAGGAGAGACCAAGUAGUUCCUCGGCAGUUGCUCGACGAGGCUGGAGAAAAGCUCUGUACCAGUUUACUCAACAAGAUCUCCCAGCCUGUAAACCUGUUCUAACACCAAAAUGGGUCAUUUCAACAUUUUUCAUCACAGGAAUUAUCUUUAUUCCCAUGGGGUUUCUCUUUCUUCACGCUUCACGGAGUGUUGUUGAGAUAGUGGACAGAUAUGAUACUGAGUGUAUACCUGUACCAUUUAGAAAUACUAAAGCAGCAUAUAUCGUAGAUGACUCAGUUCCCAAAAAUUGUACCCGGUACUUAAAGGUGCCUAAGCACAUGAAGGCUCCAAUUUACAUUUAUUAUCAGCUUGAUAACUACUACCAAAACCACAGAAGGUAUGUAAAAAGCAGAAGUGAUCAACAGCUGUUACAUGGAUUGAGAUAUAACACUACAGGCUCUUGCAAACCUGAGGACACAAAUAAUGGUCUACCAAUUGUUCCUUGUGGUCUGAUUGCAUGGAGCUUGUUUAAUGACACAUAUAACUUUUCCCGUGGGGUUGAUGAAUUAAAAGUUAACAGAAAGAACAUUGCAUGGAGGAGUGACCGUGAUCACAAAUUUGGGAAGCAUGUGUAUCCAUUUAACUUUCAGAAUGGGUCUUUAAUUGGUGGUGCGAAGUUAGAUCCCAGCAUUCCUCUAAGUGAUCAGGAGGAUCUUAUUGUAUGGAUGAGAACUGCUGCCCUCCCGACCUUCCGAAAGUUAUAUGGAAGGAUUGAAGAAGAUUUAGAUGCAGGUGAUGUAAUAGUUGUGAAGCUUGUGAACAACUAUAAUACUUACAGUUUUGGUGGACGGAAGAAACUUGUUCUUUCAACAUCUAACUGGUUGGGAGGCCAGAAUAACUUCCUUGGGAUGGCCUAUAUUUGUGUUGGCACUUCAUUUAUCUUCGUCGCAUGUGUUUUUAUACUGCUUCAUCUGAAAAUUUCAAGACCUUAUGGAGAAACAAACUUAUCUCGGAACUGGAAGGGCGGGCCAAAUUGAAAGGUGACAUUGCAGUAGCGUGGUAUAGUUGAAGCUCUGAAGUACAGAGUUAAGUUUACCUUCUUUUUUUUUUUUCUUUUGUCAGAUUCUGAAGUUCAAAACAACAGAUUUAACCUUGUAAUAAGUCCAUAAUAUGUAUUAUGUAAUAGGUCCUAGGUUCAACCAUUUUGGCUAAUUCAUGUUGAUUCCCAAUCCCAUUAUCAAUAGGUUGUUUGUACUUGUUCAUGAUGUUCUGUAUAAAUACAUUAUUAUAUAUUGUAUUGAAUACAACUUGAUGUAGUUGUUUGUUA